AAUUUCAGUUUCAGUUUGUAGCUGGAACGCAACGGAACGCAUUUUUCAGAUCGUGGAUCCGUUGGCAGAUCUAAUUAUAGAAAAAUAACUGAUCGGUUCGUGUAUGGUUAACUAGACCCCGUCCGCCGAAAAUGAACAAGAACCUCGGCUUUGUGGAGCGGCUUCGAUGGCGCCUCAAAACCAUCGAGCAUAAACUCCAGCAGUAUCGCCAGACCACCAAUGAGACCAUUGUUGCCGACACCGAGUAUGGCAAAGUGAGGGGAGUGAAGCGUCUGUCCAUGUACGAUGUGCCCUACUUCAGCUUCGAGGGCAUACCCUAUGCCCAGCCACCCGUGGGUGAGCUGCGUUUCAGGUCCCCACAGCGACCCACCCCAUGGGAGGGGGAAAGGGAUUGUAGUCAGGCCAGGGAUAAGUCCGUCCAGGUGCACUUUGUCAUGGAUAAGGUAGAGGGCUCUGAGGAUUGCCUCUAUUUGAAUGUAUAUACCAAUAAUGUCACCCCCGACAAGCCACGUCCUGUUCUGGUGUGGAUACAUGGCGGUGGCUUCAUCAUUGGUGAAGCCAAUAGGGAAUGGUAUGGACCAGACUACUUUAUCAAGGAGGAUGUGGUCCUGGUGACCAUUCAAUAUCGUCUGGGAGCUUUGGGUUUUCUUAGUUUAAAGUCGCCCGAACUGAAUGUUCCAGGCAAUGCCGGACUGAAGGACCAGGUGAUGGCUCUCAAAUGGAUCAAAAAUAAUUGCGCCAACUUUGGUGGCGAUCCGAACUGCAUCACAGUGUUUGGAGAGAGUGCCGGAGGUGCGUCCACCCACUACAUGAUGAUCACUGAUCAGACGCAGGGCCUCUUCCAUCGCGGCAUCCUGCAGUCGGGCAGUGCCAUCGCACCUUGGGCCUACAAUGGAGACAUUACCCACAAUCCGUACAGAAUAGCAAAACUGGCUGGCUACAAGGGCGAGGAUAAAGACAAGGAUGUGCUGGACUUUUUGCAGAAUGUCAAGGCAAAAGAUUUGAUACGUGUCGAGGAGAAUGUCCUCACGUUGGAGGAUCGUAUGAAUAAAAUUAUGUUUCCCUUUGGCCCUUCGCUGGAGCCGUAUGCAACCGCUGAUUGUGUGGUGCCCAAAGCACCCAUCGAAAUGAUGAAGACCGCCUGGAGCAACACCAUUCCCAUGCUGAUAGGAAAUACUUCCUAUGAGGGUCUACUGUGGGUGCCAGAGGUCAAAAUACUGCCGCAAACCGUUCAGCAAGUGGAUGCUGGCACUCCUUUUAUACCACGUGAAUUGCUUGCCAAGGAACCCGCAAAGGAAACAAUUGAGUUGUGGGGCUCGAAAAUACGAGACGCACAUCGUACGGGCGAUUCCGCCACCGCUGAUAACUAUAUGGAUGUCUGUUCGAUCUUUUACUUUGUCUUUCCUGCCCUGCGUGUGGUGCACUCUCGUCAUGCCCAUGCCGCUGGCGCUCCUGUCUUCUUUUAUCGCUAUGAUUUUGACUCCGAAGAGAUUAUAUUCCCCUAUAGAAUUAUGCGCCUGGGUCGUGGGGUUAAGGGUGUGAGCCAUGCCGAUGAUUUGGGCUAUCAGUUCAGCAGUCUCCUGGCGCGCCGUCUGCCCAAGGACAGCAGGGAGUACCGGAACAUAGAGAGAACGAUUGGCAUAUGGACACAGUUUGCGGCCACGGGUAAUCCGUAUAGUGAGAAGAUCAAUGGAAUGGAUACGCUGACAUGGGAUCCAGUGCGCAAAUCCGAUGAGGUCUUCAAGUGUCUGAACAUAAGCGAUGAACUGAAGCAUAUUGAAUUGCCCGAGUGGCCCAAACUGAAGGUGUGGCAGAGCCUCUACGCUGACAAUAAGGAGCUACUCUUCUGAGGAAGAUGGUUAUAUCUUUUAGCACUUUUGUAUCUGAUAUAGACAGAUAUAACAAAUAUAGUUAAAUGGAUUGUUGCACAUGCUUAAAUUAGCAA